AUGGCGAUAUCAGAAGAUGAGAUCCAGCCCGUGGGCCCUCUUACGACAGGAGAGGAUGUCAGAUUGGAGCAUCUGGGCUAUGAGCAGGAGCUCAAACGGUCAUUUGGCCUCCUGGGUAUGAUCGGGUUCAGUUUCAGCGUCGUCACCUCAUGGACCGCAUUAAGUGGUGUCUUCAUCGUUGGCGUCACGUCGGGCGGGCCCCCGGUUAUGGUCUUUAGUUUCAUUGGUGUCAGUCUUCUUACCCUAGCCGUCGCCAUCCCCAUGGCCGAAAUGUGUUCGAUGUAUCCAGUGGCUGGAGGCCAAUACUCGUGGGUGGCCGCCUUGGCUCCCCCAAAAUUUUCCCGGGAGUUAUCAUACAUUACUGGAUGGUUCAUGCUGAUAGGACUGCUCGCAAUGGGCGCAACGAACAAUUCCAUCGCCGCACAGUUCGUACUCGGAAUGGCAAACCUCGUCUUCCCUUCCUACGAGAUCCAGCGCUGGCAAACCGUCUUAGUAGCCUACCUCGUGGCCAUCCUUGCUGCUGUUAUCAACAUCUGGGGGCCCCAUCUGCUAAACCGGCUCGCUCGUUUCAUUCUUGUCUGGAACAUAACCGCUUUCUUCAUCACUGUCGUCGUCCUCCUGGCCACGAAUGACCAUAAGCAGUCUGCCUCUUUUGUCUUUGUCGAGUUCCAGAAUUUUACCGGCUGGGACCGGGCAAUGGCAGCCAUUGUAGGCAUCCUACAGGCCUGCUUCGGUAUGUGCUGCUACGACGCCCCCUCACACAUGACCGAGGAAAUGAAAUCCGCCUCCAAGCAAGCACCGCAAGCAAUCAUAAUGUCCGUUGUCCUUGGCGCCGUCACCGGCUUUGCUUUCCUUCUAGUUCUCUGCUUCUGCAUUGGUGAUAUCGCCACCACUCAGAACUCCCCUACCGGAGUGCCCGUCAUCCAGAUCUUUUACGACUCAACUGGUAGCAAAGUGGCUGCCUGCUUCUUGGCCAGCAUGAUUGCUGUAAUAGUUAUUGUCGCAGGGAACAACAUCCUUGCAGAGGGCUCUCGCUGUGUCUACGCCUUCGCCCGCGACAACGGCCUCCCGUUCAGCAAAUUCCUCGCCAAAGUCGACAAAAAGCGCCAGGUCCCCAUCAAUGCCGUCCUGCUCACCCUGGUCGUUCAGCUCGCGUUGGAUGCAAUCGACUUUGGUACCUCGACAGGCUUCGAGACCGUCAUUGCCAUUUCCACUGAGGGAUUCUAUUUAUCCUACGCCAUGGCCCUUGGAAGUCGCCUGCUAGGCUAUGUGACCAACCACCGACGUACCCUUACGGGCCCAUUCGCGCUACCCACCUCAAUGUCUAUUAGUCUGAACGUGCUUGGGCUGCUGUUCUUGCUGUUUGCGUCCAUCACGUUCAACUUCCCCGAGUCAUUCCCGGUGACGAAGGACUCGAUGAAUUACACCAGUGCUGCGAUUGGGGUGAUUGCAGUGGUUAGCGUGGUGACAUGGGUAGUGACGGGGCGAAAGCAUUUCACAGGCCCAGGGGCGUGGGACGGAAGCGACAGUAGGGUUACAGAGGGGAAAGUGGUUGAGUUGAACGAGGAGCAAGAGACUGAGAUGGAGAAGAGGAGAUGA